AUGGAGCCCGAGGAGCUUGAGAUGUUGCGCAACACAACCCUCGGCACUCGAGUCGUCGAAGGUUGCACUCUGCGGGCAGCUAUAAGCGGCGUCGGUGGAGCUGGCCUUGGUCUCCUAAUGGGAGGCUUCCUGCACACAAUGCAGCCGCCACCCAACAUUGAUACGUCCUUGUCAACGAUGGAGCAGAUUCGGCAGUCCUACAAAGGUUUCGGUCAAGCCUGCGUGCGCAUGUCUCGCAACUUUGCAAAGGUGGGUGUCGUUUUUGCUGGAGUUGAAUGCUUCUUCGAGCGUGAACGAGCAUGCAGAGAUCUGCCGAAUGCCAUCCUUUCUGGCUGCGUCACCGGGGGCGUGCUGGCCUUUCAAGGUGGGCCAACUGGCAUGGCUCUGGGCUGUGCUGGUUUUGCUGCCUUUUCUGGGGUCAUAGAGACCCUGAUGGAUCAUUGA